AUGCGCAAUUCAUCCAUCACGAAGUCUACAAGUGGCUCAAAUGUCUCUAGCGCUACGUCCAGUAUUUCAGAAAGCGCUUCUGCUAUUUCGCGUUUCAAGGUACAUCUUCGAAAUCUGCAGAAGACUUGGGGGCCUCUUAUGGCUGCCAAGGAAGACUGGGACGACGAAUACAACUUCCCACCUGGCAGAUAUGCGGGUCAGGAGAAGAGAAAGUAA